AUGCUCUGCUGAUCGUGUGCGAAAAACACUUGUGAUAAGGCUGCCACUCAGCGCGCAGCAGUUCUUUUUUUUAUUAUUAUAAAUAUUUACAAUAAAUAAGCUCUGCGCAAAUGUAUACAAGAUUAUUGCAACACUUGGGAAACGGCGCUAGGUGCUUGGCUACAAAGGCCACACCGAAAGUGCAGCCCAUCAACAAAAUUGUGAUUUCAAAUCGUGGCGAGAUCGCCUGUCGUGUGAUAAAGACUGCUCGCAAGCUGGGAGUGCGCACAGUGGCUGUUUACUCCGAUCCCGACGAGCACAGUUUGCACACCGAGUUGGCCGAUGAAGCGUAUCGUGUAGGUGAAGCCUCCGCCUAUUUGCGUGGCGAACGCAUUCUUGAAAUUGCCAAGAAAUCUGGUGCGCAAGCAAUUCAUCCUGGCUAUGGCUUUCUGUCCGAGUCCGUGGAAUUCGCAGAGCUAUGCCAGAAGGAAGGUGUCAUUUUCAUGGGCCCACCCAGCUCAGCCAUUCGUGACAUGGGCAUCAAGAGCACGAGUAAAGCCAUCAUGGCAGCUGCCGGAGUUCCCAUCAUUAAUGGCUAUCAUGGUGAUGAUCAAUCCGACACUUGCCUGCAAGCUGAAGCCGCCAAGAUUGGCUUUCCUCUUAUGAUCAAGGCUGUGCGCGGCGGUGGCGGCAAAGGUAUGAGAAUUGCUGAGAAACCCGAGGAUUUCCUUACCGCCUUGAACUCGGCACGCAUUGAAUCACAGAAGGCUUUCGGCAAUAGUUCUGUGCUGCUUGAGCGUUACGUGCGCUCGCCGCGUCACGUUGAGGUCCAAGUCUUUGCGGAUCAGUAUGGUGACGCUGUCUAUUUGUGGGAACGCGACUGCAGCGUGCAGCGUCGUCAUCAGAAGAUUAUCGAAGAAGCGCCAGCGCCUGGUUUAUCCGAGGAACUGCGUCGGGAACUGGGCGAAGCUGCUGUGCGCGCUGCCAAGGCUGUGGGCUAUGUUGGCGCUGGCACUGUGGAGUUCAUAUUGGACAAGGAGGAUCUGUCCUUCCACUUCAUGGAGAUGAACACUCGCCUGCAAGUCGAGCAUCCCAUCUCUGAAAUGAUCACCGGCACCGAUCUUGUUGAGUGGCAAAUACGAAUUGCUGCCGGAGAACCUCUUCCCCUAACACAGGCACAGAUCAAGCGCAGUGGCCACGCUUUCGAGGCCCGUAUCUAUGCUGAGAAUCCACGUGGAGGCUUUCUGCCAGGCGCUGGCCCAUUGCGCUAUCUGAGUACUCCCAAACCCAGCGCUGAGGUGCGAGUGGAGACAGGAGUUCGUGAGGGAGACGAGGUGUCUGUGCACUACGAUCCCAUGAUUGCCAAGCUGGUUGUUUGGGGCGAGAAUCGCACGCAGGCACUGAACUCGCUGAUUGCUCGUUUGGGCGAAUAUCAUAUUUCUGGACUGGAAACUAACAUCAACUUCCUCAUCGAUUUGGCCUCGCAUCCCGAGUUCCAGUUGGCCAAUGUGCACACUGGCUUUAUUGAUCAGCACUUUGAUACACUGUUUCCACCGAUUGUCAUCGAGCCACAGCAGCUGAGCCAAGCAGCGCUUUCCCUAAUCUUCAAUGAACUGCAGGCAGCUGCAACUAAUGCCAGCGGUCGUCAAGAUCCAUUUGCUGCCGCAUCGAAUGCGCGUCUCAAUUACGCGUUGCUGCGCAAAUACAACUUGAAGGCUCAGGACAAGGUUUAUGCUGUAGAAGUUAAGUAUGACAAUGGCGACAUUGAGAUCCGCGUUGAUGGCGGCGCCUGGCAAGUCAUCAAGGCCGAGCGUGUGCUGGAUGGCGAACGUCUGAAAAUCCGUGCCAACAUCGACAACACAAUUUCCACCUACAAUGCCAACAUUGAUGGCUCAAACGUUACGCUCUUCUUGGAGGUAAGCUCUUUAAACUUUGAGCUGGUGCAGCCCAAGUUUUUGAGCGCCCAGGCUGAUCAGUUAGGCAGUGGUGGUUCCAGAGUUGUGGCACCAAUGCCAGGUGUGCUGGAGAAGGUGUUAGUUAAGCCAGGCGAUAAGGUGAAGAAGGGCGACAGUCUGGCCGUGCUCAUUGCCAUGAAAAUGGAGCACAUACUGAAGGCGCCAAAGGAUGCUGUCAUUAAGUCGAUUGGCGGCGCCGAGGGCGAUAAUGUUGCCAAGGGCGCUGCAGUUAUUACUUUCGUCGAUGAGGAAGCUGCCAACUAAGAAUGAUUGUGAUUUUGAUUGCGUACCAGGGAAAUUGUUGCAUUUAUCCACAAGAAUGUUUUUGUGUUUUCUUUGUCUAUUUCUGUGUUUUAUAAUCAGUUUUAAGCUUUACCGCGUGCAUUUAUUAGAUUUAAGCCAUGUAAUGGACCAUUAUUGUUGUCAUGUCCUUUGACAUUAAAAGCAGAAUAUAUUUUUUGAAUCGAAUGGAAUUCGUUUCAUUUGUGUGCAUAAACCAAGAAUAAAAUUGGAAAAAAAUUUAGUUUUGUUUUAUUUUUUAAUUUUUUGUUUGAUUCUGUGUUUUCUGGUUUAAUUUAUAUGCAUGUUCUCGCAAUCACUUCUCACAGACAUAACAUUCAUACAAUAUACAUAGCGAAGUAUGUAAAAUAAAAUACAGAUUGCUUAGGUAAUUUAGCAAAUAUUUGAUUGAUCUAUUGUGAGGAAACAAAUGAUUAAGAAUGCGAUUGUUUGCUUACAUUUCGCGUUUAUUUUGUUGCAACUUAAAACAUAAUAAUUUAAUAAAUGUUUAACAAAUUUCACUUAAUACAAAAAAAACACUAAAUAAUUAAAAAUAUAUGUAUAUAUUUAUAUAUGUACUUAGUAUAAACAUAAUCAAGUUUAUUUUAUUUAUAAUCUUUUUUUAGGUUUCUUUUUUGUUUUGUUUUUUUUUUUCGUUUUGCUUUUAUUAGUCCACAUUUGUCCUAUCUUCGCUGGCGUUUUCUAUACUGUUUUUUUUUUGAUUUGUUAUUUCUUUAUCAUUCAAUUAAUGAAUUUCACUUGAUUUGCAAGAGGGGAAACGCUUCUCGUAGGGGGGGGAGGCGAGCGAACGAGACUUGUGUGGCAUGAUGAGUACUGAAGAUGCAAUUUGGUUUUGCU